AAGCACACAGAUAUCAAACUAAAAUAUACACGUACAGAAUAACACAAAAAACAUGGAGGAGCUGCUACCAGGUUAUCGCUUCUAUCCAACAGAAGAAGAACUGGUCUCCUUCUAUCUGCAUAACAAGCUCCAAGGGAAGCGAGAAGAUACUUGUCGCGUAAUCCCGACUGUAGACAUUUACAGAAAAGAGCCUUGGGACCUUCCAAAGUCAUCGGGGGAGUUGUGCCGUGGAGACAAAGAGCAAUGGUUUUUCUUUACGCGGAGGCAACAACGAGAAGCUCAAGGAGGGAGGCCCAACAGGACUACUGCCUCUGGGUACUGGAAGGCCACCGGCUCACCUGGCUACGUUUACUCUUCAGAUAACAAGGUGAUUGGAGUGAAGAAAACCAUGGUUUUCUAUAAAGGCAAAGCUCCAACUGGAAGAAAAACCAAAUGGAAGAUGAAUGAGUAUAGAGCCAUUGAAGUAGACAACUCAACUACCAAUACACCCAAGUUGGGGCAUGAAUUCAGAUUGUGUCGAGUGUACGUGGUAUCUGGGAGUUCUCGAGCAUUUGACAGACGGCCAUUGGAUCCAGUCGGAGAGGCACAACAAAAAUUUAGUGACUCUACAGGAGCAAGUACUUCUUCUUUGAAGACUACAAUGAUGGAGAAAGCAAGCGCAUCAGAUGAAACUUAUUCACAUUCAGGAGAGCUUGGUGAUCUCCCGGAGACGUCAGCAGGGAUUAAUAGUAGUAACUGGGAGAUUAAUGAAGGUUUUGAAGAACCUCUAUGGGAAUGGGAACAACUAAAUUUUCUCUAAUAAGCAGCCCAAAACCAACUUUUAAACGUGCAUCAGUUGGAUUAGGCAUCAAGCUAAGCUAUUAGAGGAAGCAAAGCAUAGGUAUAACUUAAUUUAGAUGCAGUAAAAUGUAAAUUUUUUGUGACUACUCCAUUGUCAAGUAUAAGAGAAGAAUGAGAGUGAAAUAUUAGAAGAAAGUAAACCAUUCAAAUUCAUGUAAAAUAAAUAGUUAGAUAAGUUGAGGCUGAUAUUUGACUUUGGAGAUGACCAUCUGUACUUUGUUCCUAUUAUAAUUUUAGUUAUAGAGUUAAAAAGCA